AUGGCAGACAGUGGAAAUAACAAAAGCCAAGUUCACGAGGAGCUUUGGUUAGAGGAAGAAUUUAUGAAAGAUGAACAAAGAGAGAGAUUAAUUGAUAAAAUUGCAAAGGAGAAUACUCAGUUAAAGGAGGAGAUCCAAAGGCUUGAGGCCGAGUUACAAGAGUCCACCAUAAACUCCCAGAUUAAAGAGGAUAUUCCUGAAACAGAGAUGAAAUUCACAUCUUUAGAGAAUCCUGAGAAUGACAGCCAGUUUUUAAAUGUCUCCUGUUCAUUUCAAGUGAGCUCGCAAGUUCUUUAUGAGCUACAGAAAGGACAAGCACUUAUCACCUUUGAAAAAGAAGAAGUUGCCCAAAAUGUCAUCAGAAUGGGGAAACAUCACGUGCAGAUAGAGGAUGUAGAUGUGGAGGUUAUGGCCAAGCCAGUUCCAUUAAAUUCGGGAGUCAGAUUCCAGGUUCAUGUAGAAGUGUCUAAAGUGAAGAUCAAUGUUACUGAAAUUCCUGAUGAAUUGCCUGAAGAUCAGAUGAGAGACAAGCUAGAACUGAGCUUUUCUAAGUCCCGAAACGGAGGUGGAGAAGUGCUAUGCGUGCAGUAUGAUAAGCAGUCCCGGAGUGCUGUGAUUACAUUUUUGGAAACUGGAGUUGCUGACAAGAUUUUGAAAAAGAAAGAAUAUCCGCUUUGUAUAAAUCAAAACUGCUAUAGAGUUAUUGUUUCUCCAUACAUAGAAACAGACUUGAAAAAUUUUCAGGCAUUUUCAGGAAUAUCUAGGAGGACAGUGCUUCUCACUGGAAUGGAAGAUCUUCAGAUGAUGGAUGAAGAAAUUUUAGAGGAUUUAGUUAACAUUUACUUUCAACGGGAGACGAAUGGAGGUGGAGAAGUAGAAGUGGUCAAGUGUUCUCUAGGUCAGGCUUGCAUAGCAUACUUUGAAGAAUAG